CUUACUUUUGGCUGUUCACAUAUUGUGUGUGUGUUACCAAUAAUUUAUAUAUAGUGGUAAAGUUGUGCUUUUUGUUUAUUAGUGAAUAGUUUAACCACUGUAAGAACAAAUUCAAAUGGUAAUUUUAGAGCUGGAUGAAAAUUAAAGCCUAGGUACUGUACUGGUAUUGCAAAUUAUAUAACAGCUGGAUGAGUGGUGUAAAUCAGAUGAGUUUGUGGCUUACAAAAAAAUCAUUUUUUAAAUUGUAGUAGCAGUAUUUUAGUAUUUAAUUAUCGUGUCCAUCAAUAUGAAAAUUAUCAGCACAGCAUUGUUACCUAAAACAAGUGUAAGUAAAAAAAUAUGCCUAAGUUUUGAUAUAAAUCAAAUUUCAAUUUUAAUUGUUAGAACUGUAAUUGUAACUUUAAAUUAAAAAGACAUUGAUUAGAUGCUUAUAUAGUAUAGAAAUAGUAAAAGACACAUUUAUAUACCUGGCAAUGCCAUCUUCAACAAUUGGGUCAUACAAAUAGCAAUAUCGAUUUUGGAACGACAUAAAAUAUAUUUUAUCGACUGCAUUCAAUUGAUUAGAGCGAGAUAAAUACUUUAUGCCCUUAUACUUUUUUUUGUAAAAUUCUGUUGGUACAUUCCUUGCACUUGUAUUGAUAUUAUUACCCCUUGCAUACAAAAAUUUAAUUAAAGAAAUAAAACGGCGAUAACUAAAUUAUUUAAUUAGUUUUAUUUUUAACUUUUAUUACAAUAUAACUUAAACUAAAAGAAUUCCAUUAAAGAUGACCUAGAAAGAUAAAGAAAUCCCAAGAACGAAAGGAAAUACUGGAACUAGUGGCACUAAGAAUAGGAGUAACUUUUAACUAAAGACUUCACCUCCUUAUCAGAGUGUCUCAUGAAUCUGUAUAGUCUUAUGAGAAUUAUCUGACUAAAAUAAACACUUUUUAAGCCAAAUAAUAUAGUCCUUGUGAAACACAUAUUAUAAGUAUAAAUCUAAAGAACUUACCAACCACUAAAUGAGUUUGUAUUGUAAAUGGGAUGAGACACUUAAAAUAUAUUUUCAUCCAGCGUUGAUUGUAUCUUCUGUAGUACAAGUUAAUAUUCAUAUUGUUAGCUAUUUAGAGAAGCAGUACACAGUGACUUGUGUGAAUUUUUUGUUUGUUCUGUUGACAUUAUUUUCACCAUUCACUUCUUUGUCCUCAUCUCCAAAGAAAGCUAUUGAGCUGGUCACUAAGGCAACCGAAGAGGACAAAAAGAAAAAUUAUGAAGAAGCUCUGAAGUGCUAUGAACAUGCUGUGGAGUAUUUUCUUCAUGCAAUCAAAUGUAAGAAUAAUUUUGUUUGUAAUUUUUGUCAAUAGAAAAGUAGAUUUCAUUUAUCACGUAAAGCUGUAUCAUCAUGUAAAACUGGUGAACAUAUUUUAAAAAAAUAUUAUCCAAAAGUAAUAGUAUCUUUACCACUUUCUCUGGUGAACAUAUUUUAAAAAAAUAUUAUCCAAAAGUAAUAGUAUCUUUACCACUUUCUCACAACAAACAAUUCUUUGUGCUUUUCAGAUGAAGCAACAAGUGAUAAAGCUAAAGAGAGUAUCAGAAGCAAAUGUGUACAAUAUUUAGACAGAGCUGAGAAACUAAAACAGUAUCUAAAUAAAAAAGAUAAAAAAAGACCAGUCUUAGAUGGAGGAAAUGGAAAAAAAACUUCACCAGAGUAAGAUUUGUAGAUUCACUUAUCUUAUUGUUAACUAAAUUUUAUCUCACAGACUUCUAUGUAUAUUUCAAAAAGUUUUCUAGUGAGCAAUUUGCUUAAAAAAAGCUUUCAGCAAAUCAAUUUUGUCUUCCUUAUGAACAACUCAGUUUUAAAAUAUUAUCUUGUGUGCAGUGAGAAAUCAAGUGAUGAUGAUGAUGAUGAAAAAGAUCCGGACAAGAAAAAAUUUGAAACUCAGUUAACAGGUAUGAGAUUAUUUAACACAAUUAAACUUAUUGUGUAUCAUUCAUCCAUUCAACUGCCAUUGUGCAUCAGAUGAAUUCCAUUAUUUGUUAGUGCCAAAGUGCAUUUCAAAUUAUUAGCCUCUCCCUUGACAUAGUUGUAGUUUGUUUUUUUUAAAAAAAGAACAUUUUGACUUAGUCUAAUUUUUUUUGAAGAGAUAAAUAUGAUUCUGAAACUUAAGUCCAAAAUUUUAAUAUGGUCAUUGCUGUAUGAGCAGCUAGGUUUAUAUUGGGUAUUCACCACACCUGUUUCAUGACAAUUGAGAGACAUCUUGAUAUUUUCACUUAUCUCAUUCCUGGCAACAGUGAUACUUCUUUCGUACUUAAUUUAUAGUUCGAUAAAAAGGGAAGUAACUCCCUUUUCCCAUUGAUUUACAUUUGGAGGAUAUUUUUUAGCUGCUAAAUAUUAAUUAAUAUUAAGGAAUAAGUGAUAAAUACCAUCAGAAAUAAUUAGGUUAUAAAAAUAUAUAACAUAACAGCGAACAAUAUGGAAUAUAGGGAAAAAAAUAAAUAUAUUUUUAGCACUUUGAAUGAACAUUUGGUAGAUAUAGACGUAUCAUAGUCAAGCUCACAUUGAUUGAAAGUGAAACAAGAUAGAAACUUAAAUUAUUGAAAUCACGCCAUCACCAGAAGUCUUGAGGGAUGCCUCGGACCCGAACCCCCUCACCCCCACCACCACCAAGGAUGCAUUAAGGGGAUCUGUUUACUAUUACGAUUUUGGCGUAAAAUUUUUUGAGGUGUAUACAAUAUAUAUACUGAAUUUUUUUUUUUUACUAUAAAUGUAAGGUAUUGAAUGAUUUUGUGAUGAUAUUGUAUGAUUUUAAAGUUUGAGGGUAAGUCGCAACAAUCUGGAAUGGGUUAAAGCUUCCAUGAUACAUUUAUUUGUAGAUUUUGAGGGAAGGUUUUAACUUCAACUCCUGUUGAAAAUAAUUUAAUUUUUAAAUCCAUCUCUUAGGUGCUAUUGUGAUGGAAAGUCCAAACGUUAAAUGGAGCGAUGUUGCUGGUCUGGAAGUUGCAAAGGAAUCACUGAAGGAGGCUGUUAUAUUACCUGUCAAAUUCCCUCAUCUUUUUACUGGUGUGUAAGCGUAAAAAUUCUUUGACAAAUACGCAAAUGAAGGUGUUUUUUUUCCUACAUGUUCUUAAUUAUUUGUGCAAAGAAUUUUUGGCCUGUUAUCUUAUAAUAGCCUAGGCCAGGGGUAGGCAAACUUUUUAUGCAUAUUUUUAUUGGCUGCGUCUAUUCGUACCCAGGUACCAGAAGUGAGAGGUUGGGAUUAAAAACUAUUUAAAAUUUUAUUGUUGGGUUUGUAAGACAAAAUGAGGUAUCAAGUGAAAGAUAAUUGAAUGGACUAUGGUUUGUAAACUAAUUCUUCAGUUUAACUAAAAUAAACUACCACAAAUGACAUCCAAAUAGGGCUGAGUCAAAACAGACCUAGACACGCUGCGUCGCCAUUCGCACCCGGGUACCAUUAGACUCAAGCUAUUCGGAUGUUAUUUGUGGUAGUCCAUCCAAUUAUCUUUCAUUUUUUAAUCCCAACAUCUCACUUCUAGUACCCGGGUAUGAAUUGCCACUUCGAUUUUAAUAUUAAAAUCGGUAAAUUCGCAUUUUAGCAUUACAUGAAAAAAGUCAAGGACUGUUUAAAAAAAUAGAAAAUUAGAAAGAAAGUUGAUCAAAAAUGUUAAACUGCCCACCCUUGGCCUAGGCAACUUCAAUAUGGGUAUACCAUUUAAGUCCACUCAAAUGUAAAGAAAAUGUGUUUACAUUUUUGGUUAUAUCUAUAUAUUUGCUUGGUGCACAGCUUGUUUAAAUGUUCUUAUGCUCUAAAGGUUAAGUUUUGUUUCAUUCCUUGUUUAAGUUGACCAGCUAAAUAACUUAUUUUAAAGUUAAAUAAAUUGUUGCUUUGUUUCAGGAAAUCGAAAACCUUGGCGAGGGAUCCUUCUAUUUGGGGUAAGCUUUUUAAAUAAUUACUUUUAUAUCAGGUUUACUAUAACAUCUAUAACAUCUAAUAUAUUUUCUUAGCUAGAAUGGGAAAAUGAUAAUGAUUUUACUGUGAUAAACAAGCUCUAGGAAAUAAGUUCCAGCUUUCUCAUUAGUUUUAUUUUAUGCGAUCAAAAGUGUUGGGGUUUCACUUAUUUGAAUUAAAAUAUUUUUUGUUGGUUGCUUUUAAAAAUUGUGUAUUUCUUUAGGUUUAGCUUUUUAGGGAACAAAUGAAUUUGUCCAUUUUCAGCCACCAGGAACUGGAAAAUCCUACUUAGCUAAAGCUGUUGCUACAGAAGCUAACAACUCCAAGUUUUUUACAGUCUCCUCUGCUGAUCUUGUGUCUAAAUGGCUGGGUGAGAGUGAAAAGUAAGUGCCUGUGAAGGAGUAUCUUAAAUCAACCAUGAAUGACCAUACCAAUGAUUUGGAAUUAAUUAUAUAAAUAAAUAGGUAUAUAGAUUAAAAUUGUCUAAUUUAAGGACAGGCCUUUAGAAAAUGUGUGCAUUGAUUUGUGAACUCUAAAGAAUCCAGUAAAAUGUCCCAAUGAGUUUCUAAUUUCCUUUUAUAAAAACAUCUCAGGGAAUAUUUUGAAUCGUUGGCAUUUCCUUAGGUGGUGACCGUUUGACUUGCUGAAGAACUUAUUUUUUUAAAGUGGUUGGCGGCUGGUCUGAUUAAGCUUUAAUAGUUGUUUUAUAUUUCAUUAAUUUAAGUCUCCUCAGUGAGCAUAAUGUAAAUGUACACGUUCAUCUGUUUUUCAGAUUAGUAAAGACACUUUUCCAGUUGGCCAGAGAACAUAAACCUUCAAUUAUCUUCAUAGAUGAGGUCGAUGCCCUGUGUGGGUCCAGGAGUGAGAAUGAGUCUGAGUCCGCCAGGCGCAUCAAGACUGAAUUCCUCGUCCAGAUGCAGGGUGUGGGCAACGACAAUGAUGGUAUCCUAGUCCUCGGAGCUACAAAUAUACCCUGGUGUUUAGACUCUGCCAUCAGGAGAAGGUGAGACCCACUGCAGCUAGGAGUAUGAACACAGAUUUAAAGGUUGAUACCUAUAUGAUGGUUUUACUGAAAGUGUUUACGGUGUAUCCAAUUACAAGAUAGCAAAUUGUAUGCUUAUGAUGCCAUAUGAUGUUUUGUUCAUCAAGAUUUAAUAAGCAAUAUCAGGCCAAUCGUAUUUGUCAUAAUUGUUUUACUUUGCUGACAGAUUCGAAAAAAGGAUCUAUAUCCCACUGCCAGAAGCCCCGGCGAGAUCAGAUAUUUUCAAACUGAACCUGGGCACAACACCGCAUUCCCUGACUGAUGAAGAUUUCAAAGAACUAGGGGUGAGAACGGAGCGGUGAGUACAGUAGCUUUGGCCACGAACAUACAUAUUUAACAAGUAGGGUAUUUUAAUGUUUUAUUUACUUUGUAACAGCUUGUUCCAGUUACAGAAAUGUUUAGGGGUACAUUUUAUUUAAUUUGUAACAGCUUGUUCCAGUUACAGAAAUGUUUAGGGGUACAUUUUAUUUAAUUUGUAACAGCUUGUUCCAGUUACAGAAAUGUUUAGGGGUACAUUUUAUUUAAUUUGUAACAGCUUGUUCCAGUUACAGAAAUGUUUAGGGGUACAUUUUAUUUAAUUUGUAACAGCUUGUUCCAGUUACAGAAAUGUUUAGGGGUACAUUUUAUUUAAUUUGUAACAGCUUGUUCCAGUUACAGAAAUGUUUAGGGAUACAUUUUAUUUAAUUUGUAACAGCUUGUUCCAGUUACAGAAAUGUUUAGGGGUACAUUUUAUUUACUUUGUAACAGCUUGUUCCAGUUACAGAAAUGUUUAGGGAUACAUUUUAUUUAAUUUGUAACAGCUUGUUCCAGUUACAGAAAUGUUUAGGGAUACAUUUUAUUUAAUUUGUAACAGCUUGUUCCAGUUACAGAAAUGUUUAGGGGUACAUUUUAUUUAAUUUGUAACAGCUUGUUCCAGUUACAGAAAUGUUUAGGGAUACAUUUUAUUUAAUUUGUAACAGCUUGUUCCAGUUACAGAAAUGUUUAGGGGUACAUUUUAUUUAAUUUGUAACAGCUUGUUCCAGUUACAGAAAUGUUUAGGGGUACAUUUUAUUUAAUUUGUAACAGCUUGUUCCAGUUACAGAAAUGUUUAGGGGUACAUUUUAUUUAAUUUGUAACAGCUUGUUCCAGUUACAGAAAUGUUUAGGGGUACAUUUUAUUUAAUUUGUAACAGCUUGUUCCAGUUACAGAAAUGUUUAGGGGUACAUUUUAUUUAAUUUGUAACAGCUUGUUCCAGUUACAGAAAUGUUUAGGGGUACAUUUUAUUUAAUUUGUAACAGCUUGUUCCAGUUACAGAAAUGUUUAGGGGUACAUUUUAUUUAAUUUGUAACAGCUUGUUCCAGUUACAGAAAUGUUUAGGGGUACAUUUUAUUUAAUUUGUAACAGCUUGUUCCAGUUACAGAAAUGUUUAGGGGUACAUUUUAUUUAAUUUGUAACAGCUUGUUCCAGUUACAGAAAUGUUUAGGGGUACAUUUUAUUUAAUUUGUAACAGCUUGUUCCAGUUACAGAAAUGUUUAGGGGUACAUUUUAUUUAAUUUGUAACAGCUUGUUCCAGUUACAGAAAUGUUUAGGGGUACAUUUUAUUUAAUUUGUAACAGCUUGUUCCAGUUACAGAAAUGUUUAGGGGUACAUUUUAUUUAAUUUGUAACAGCUUGUUCCAGUUACAGAAAUGUUUAGGGGUACAUUUUAUUUAAUUUGUAACAGCUUGUUCCAGUUACAGAAAUGUUUAGGGGUACAUUUUAUUUAAUUUGUAACAGCUUGUUCCAGUUACAGAAAUGUUUAGGGGUACAUUUUAUUUAAUUUGUAACAGCUUGUUCCAGUUACAGAAAUGUUUAGGGGUACAUUUUAUUUAAUUUGUAACAGCUUGUUCCAGUUACAGAAAUGUUUAGGGAUACAUUUUAUUUAAUUUGUAACAGCUUGUUCCAGUUACAGAAAUGUUUAGGGAUACAUUUUAUUUAUCCCUGAAAGGAUAUUCAUUACAUGAAUGCGUUGAUAAUUUAAUUCCUCACUGUAAAGAUGGGACCUUCAACUCUCCAGAGAGCCCCGUCCCUGCAGGAAGAAGAAGAAGAUAUUCAUAACAAUAAUACAUGUAGUACAUACACAGGUUAAAGGAAAACCUGUCAGAAGGACAAUACAAAAAUUGGCCCAGAAGCCGUCAACAGCAAAACUUAGAGAUUAACAGGAAACGUAAAAUAUUAGAAAGAAAUAAACUUAAAUAAGAUAAUGUAAGAGGGAAAUAAAAUAUUACUAUAAAACAGGAAGGGCUGCAUAGGUUGGUGGAUAUGAGGCAAAUAUCGUUUAAAGAACACAGAAUGCAAAUUGGCUCUUGCUUUACCCAAAGAAUUUUGAAAACUCAGGGCCCUGCAUGUUGACCUUUGCCCUCCACUGACGAUAGCAAAUGAUUUUAAGCCUUGAGCAGUGUUUGAUUUCCAUUUCAGGUAUUCUGGUGCUGAUAUCAGUGUUGUCGUGAGAGAUGCUCUGAUGAUGCCUGUGAGAAAAGUUCAGACAGCCACACAUUUUAGAAGGGUAGGAAGGCACUUUGAAUAGUUUUUUGCAGCCUUACAUUAGGGGUAGCUGUCUUAUGUAUUUAUUUUGUUGAGCUUGAUGGUGCUAAGAAAGAAAUUAGAUAUAAUUGUAAUUGCUAAAAGAAAUUUGAUUGUUGUAACAGGUCCGAGGGCCAUGCAGAAAUAAUCCAAAUGUUAUAGUCGAUGACCUUUUGACCCCUUGCUCACCUGGUGCCCCUGGGGCUAUAGAGAUGAGUUGGAUGGAUGUGGCUAGUGAUAAGUUAUUGGAGCCCAUCGUUUCAAAGGUAUGUUGUUGUUUUUACCAGUUUAAAUAAAAUAUAUAGAGCCGAAUUUAUCAUAGGUUGGCAGUGUGUAGGUUUUGUCAUGACAGAGUUGUGUCCAACUUUGACAACGUCGGUGACACUCAUCCCCACUGUGAUAAACAAAAUGUGUAGGGCUUCUCUGACAAUACAACUAUGUCUAAAUAAAUAAAGCUUUCACCAAAGUUGGCAAUCCAUUUUCACCAACUCUUAUCUUGAGUCGAAAUAAUUAUGUUGAAACAAACUGUCUGCACAUGUGCUGUGGUGGCAAGUCUUUUUUUGGGUGUUACUUUGAUAUGUGUCAAUAAAAUACCCAAAACUGAUAGAAAAUGAAUCCGGCAAGAAGUAUAGAUGUUCUGUGAGUAAAUUGGAUAAGGAAUCAUAUUGUAUGAAUGUUAGAAAUCUUUGAGCUAAGGGGGACGAAUAUGACCUUGACCUUUCAACGGCGAGUACAAUUGUGCUACUGUUUAUUUUUCUUCAACCCACACCACACAGACUGUUGGGUCCUUUGGGAGAGGGCGUGGUUUUGACUUGAAGCAUAUAGAUGUACAUGGGAGGGGUAGAGUGAGGUGUCUAAAUAUUUUUAAAGGCUAUAGAAUAACACCACCACAUUUUGUAAUGAUCAUUCUAUUGAUGCCUAAUGUUUUCACAAGGAACUCGCUAGAUACAGUAAUAUUUAGCGUAUUCAUCCUAGUGAUAAAUUUAGUCAACGUUCACAUUUGUUUGCUUCAGUGCUGUAUGACAUAAUUUUUUAACAUUAUUAUUUCAUUCGGGUGAAUGGCGGUGAAUGCAAAAAUGAAGAAAACUACUGAUUUUUUUUGUUGAAAUACAUUCUCAACACUGCUCCGCACAGCAGCAUUAGAUUUUGAAAGCAGCUGCACAAUAGUAAUACACCUGCACUCCUCUUCCCUUCUCCCCAUACAGCUUACAGUAGUUAUUAGACUACCAUAUGUUCAUGGGAAAUACAAAUUUUUGACAAGUGUGGGAAAACUGUGGGCUGCCACGUUAACUAUUAUGGGAUGCCUCUUUAAAUAUUAUGGCCCGCCAGAUGUAUCAGUAUGAAAACUGAACUUAUUUCUUUAUUCUAGCUAUUACUUUCAUUUUUGGCAUAAACGCACAUUUGAAAUUUUUAUAUUUCAUUUUUUGUGACAUCAUUUCUGUGUACCCACCCCUUUUUGGACUGAUUAAAAAAAUUGAUUGCAUUAUUUAUUCAUUUAAAAAACAAUUUUACCACAAAUGAAAAGCAUUUAUAUGAACACUGCUAUAAACACUGCUCAGUAAGGGGUGCCUCAUUUUCCACAGGCAUUAUCAUUAAGUAAAGACAACUCAACUCUUCAAAAAUCUUUUUCAUAAAGAAAUAAUUCAAAUAAAUUAGGCUUAUGUUUGCAGGGUCAACAUCUAAGUCCUGCAAAUUGGUUUUAACAAAAAAAAAACAUUUCGGCUUUGACAAUUUCAGUUCAGCACAUGAAAUAUUUAUCUUAGGUCUCUAUAAAUGGGAAGUAAAUCUAAUUUUUUAGAGCUAUUGCCCCUCCCCCCCUUUAAGGAAAAAAAGUUCAGUUGAUCAAAGUAGAGAGCAGUUAUAUCGGCCGAAACAUCACAGAAGUAGCCAUAAUUACCCAUGUGACAGUGUGUGUGAAACAUUACAAAUGUAAAAAUAUCUUUUUUAAAGAACAAAAAACCCAGAAAAAACAAGAAGAAGAAGCACCUGUUAAAUUACUUAAAGUGUUAAUUACAAGUUUUAGCAUUGCAAUUUGAGUUCAUUCAUAAUUUAACAUUAAAAGUUUGUACUUAUCUAUCGCUGUGCAUUGAACUGAAAAUGGUUCAUUUGAGAUGGCAUCGGUGGGUUGUGGAGCGUGAGCUCUCAAUAUCCCCCCCUGAACACCCCCACACGGGCCGACGCCACCGCCAGACCGUGCGGAAGCACGCCGGGAACCUCUUCACUGGCCUGGGGGACGUCCGGUCGACUGAAAACGCUGCAUUGAAAGCGUUCGCGGUCCACUCUCCUUGGGACUGAACGACUUUGCUUCCUCUCCGGAGGAAAGGUGCUGCGUUACGUCCCCGCACCGUCCAGGUAGUUGUCCAGUGGGGACGUAAGUGGGGUCGAAACGGUCGCCCAGGAGCGGCUUUCUCGGGGGCCACUUAUUUAAAAUCAUCGGCGAGGGUUUUGACCGCCACCCAGACCUCAUAUCCAUUAACAGCAACAAGUAAUCAUGUUAUUGCCUUCCUCCCGUUACAUUGGGAGUCAUACAGGGGCCGGGGUUUUUUAGCUUCGGGAGGAUACCUCCCUACUAGUCUGCCACGCCACGAAGAGGCAAAACCCCAUGUGGAUGCCCCCAAGUCUCCUCGGGGAUGUUCCGCUUCCGCGGACAGUGUGUGUUGAACUCAAAGUUUCCAUAUCCUUCCAGGUUGACAUGUUAAUGGCCAUCAACAACUCCAAGCCAACGGUAAAUAGUGAGGAUCUGAAGAGACUACAAAAGUUCUCAGAUGAUUUCGGCAUGGAAGGCUGAUGAGUGUGAGCACAGCCCUUGACCACGAUGAUUCGACAUAAGCAAGCAUCUUGUUCCUGUUGUCCUACACAUUUUUUAAAAAUGUUGGUGUUUUUGUUUUUUUUAAACAAACAAUUGUGUUGUAAUUUAUUAACUAAAAUUGCCAUCAUGGGGCUGAAAAAGGGGGGAUAACCUACGUCAAUAGAAAAUGGAUUCCUUUGCUUGGGUGUCGGCCUCUAAGUAAAGGGGUAAAAAGUGGGAGGCAUUGUAGCUAGCCAUCAUAAUUUAAAAUGUAGAGGACAAAAUAUAAUUCAAUUUAGUUUCAAAGCCUUAUUCAGAUCAUGUCUAUUAAAUACAGUAACCCAAAAGGAUGAUACUAUUAUAAGGUUCACAGAGUUCUCAAGUUCGUUUCUAUUUAUUCAUUGUCUGUCAUUUAGAUGAUGAAAUAAAGUUUGAGAGGGUAGAAUUAGAAUAAACUUGAAAAACAUUAUGGUGACGUUCAUGGAUGGUGAACAGCUCAUUUAAAAGAAAUUAACUUAAAUUAUUUCUAACCUAUAUAAAGCCAAAGAAUGGUGUAGCUUUUUUUUUAUAUCUCAUAUUUAAAAGAAAAAAAAUUUUUCACUUCCAAUUUGUUUUUAUUUUUCAUCUAAAUAAUUUUUUGCAUCUGGUAACAGCUUUUAGCUGACAGCUUUAUUUUCUGAAGCUGCACCAUUCUUUCUGUUUUAUAUUAUAUCUGUUAAUUUGUGAUGAUUUUCAAUGUUAAAAGUAGAUUUGACGUAACAUUCAAGCAUAUCUGCUGUUGUAAUAUACGCAUACAUUAAUUACAAGCCCAUGAGGAAUAUAUAGAUCCAGUGAAUAUGUCGCUGGAGUGAGGAUGCUUGCUAUGUUUAGGGAACUCUUUGAUGAUGGUGUGUUAGAUUUUGUAACAUUAUUGCACACAUUAAACAAACAUAUUUUUACAAAAAUAAAAUAAUUUAACCAAAAUAAAGUCAUCUCAAAUUGUGGAACACAGAACUUAAAAGAAAAUCUUUAAAAAAAAACAAAAAAACAUUUAUUAUUAGAAUGUACUGAUAAUUUUUACUCGAACUCAAUUUACAACCAAAAAAAAAAAUUGUUUGGGGCAAGGGUACAGUCCUUUGUUGGAACCUAGAGCCAAGAAAGACAUUUAACACAUACAAUAUUUUUAAAAAUAUAUUUAUCGAUUUGCAAAAUAAAAAUACCAAACACAAAUUCCAUUUCUGUGUCAGUCGGUUGGUCUAUUCCGUGUCUAAUGAAGACUUAGGGAGCCUUAAUGUUAAAUUCACUCUGAAUACAGGCUGAUUGGUACAUCAUAUUAUUUUAACAAAGGAAAGCCAACAGCUAAGAAUUUUUUUUUUUAAAAGUCAUUGAUGCAAUGGCUGACUAGACCCAAUAUCUUCAUAUUGUUCCAUUGUGAAUUUUCAUUUUUUAUUGUUCUGACACUGAGAGUGUGUCUGUGAUAGUAAGAGAUUCUGUGUGUGUGUGUGAGAGUCAACAUUGAUGUGUGGGUCAGCUUGUCACAGUCUGUAGGGAAGUGUUUGUCAUGGGCUCUCAACGUGAGACGUACCACAACCUAAAUCCCAUCAUCAGCCAAUCAAAACUGAACAUGGUUUGUCCACAACACAGACCUUUUUUUAAACUUUGCUAACUGGUGUCACAACUACACACAUCAGAUUUUAGAAACUAGUGCAUUGCAAAUUAAUCAUGAAAUUUUUUUUGUUCAAAAACCAAUGACAUAGCACUCCUGUGCUAAAAGCCCUGGUUGACAUAAUAACUUGAAAGAAUCAGCCGUAUAUAUUUUUAUGUGAUACAAUCAAUACCAAUUUAAUUUUUUUCAAAGAAUCAAUUAAAGAAUAGAAUUGAUCACCCAAUACUUCACGUGACAUGUCUCAAUGUGAACCGCAUUUGAUUGAAAUUGCCGUUAUUAUUCUGAUAAUAAAGGAACUUCUUCUACUGCCCUGGUUUUAUUUGCUUGUGUCCUUGUUUUCAGUGCAUGCCUCAGCUUGUGUGUGUAUGUGUCAGACAGCAUUGUAUUCAAUCUUUAUGGCUAGAAGCAAUGUUGGCUUUUCUAUUUCUUUUCUUUUUAUGUUGUGUGUGGGGCUAUUAUUACGUCACAUCAUCGUAGUAACUCUCUAAACAGGCAAUUCAAUCUUUUUUUUUUUUUUUUCAAAAACGAUCUACGGGCAAAGUGGGGGGCUGAUAAUAUUUUAUAGGACUGAAUUUUUGGGAAUUAAGUUUUCCAUUACAUGAACUAACCAAAAUUUUCUUUUCUUUUUAUGUUGUGUGUGGGGCUAUUAUUACGUCACAUCAUCGUAGUAACUCUCUAAACAGGCAAUUCAAUCUUUUUUUUUUUUUUUUUCAAAAACGAUCUACGGGCAAAGUGGGGGACUGAUAAUAUUUUAUAGGACUGAAUUUUUGGGAAUUAAGUUUUCCAUUACAUGACCUAACCAAAAUAAUUAAAAGGUUUGUUGCCGAGUAACAUUGUCAUGAAAAGUAAUUAGGCUUUUGAUGUCUACUGUAAAUUUAUGAAAACCUGAAAAAUCUUCAUGUUUAGAGAGUUCAACCAUGACACGCAAACUUUGAGCACAUGAGCAAUUACAUGAAGUAAAAUCUAUGGAUUUCGGCUAAGCAUACAAUUUCACUUACAAAAGUAAGUGCACAUUUUUUGCAAUAUCCUGUGACAAGCUGGAUUUUUGCAUCAAUAAUUUUUUUAGCUAAGUACCGGGGUAGUUGUAAUUUUAUUCAUAUGAAAGGGUUGUAUGAGUUGAAGAAAAAUUGAAACCAUAAUUCUUUUAAAUCUAAUGUGCUGCUGUAACUCUUUGGAUGUGCACUGGCUCCAAUGUUCUUGCGUUAUCAUCGGUUCGGAGUGAGACAUCAGGAAAUGGUGAGAUCACAAGAUCUCGCUACCCCUGAAGUCCUGUGGCUUGAUACCCUCAAAGAUUGUAGAUGUAAGUCGUAACCUACCGGAAUGACCUGGAGAAAGCGUGUAUUUAAUCGAUUAAAGUAAAAAGUGCUGCAUAUUUUUUUUCCCUUUUAUUUAAGGGCUUAUUACUAAUUUUGUUUAAAUACUUCAAUUAAGACACAAUCCUUGCUAAAUAUUAAACAUGUUUAGAGCUUCUGCAGUUUUCUCAAAUUCUGCUUUUCAAAGUUUCAUUUGUGUUGUAUUUAUUUUUUUUUUACUUUCAUCAGGAGAACAAAAAAGGGAAAUAAUUGUAAAUAGAGUAUCAGUCAUAGCAUCAUUCAUCUAGCUUUUCCUCUAAGUGCAGCUCAGGAGUUGAGUCCCUUAUGUCUCCUCAUGGUGUGUUCUUGUGUCAUGGUGUGCCACUGUGUCAUGGUGUGCCACUGCAUCAUGCUGUGACACUGCAUCAUGGUGUGCCCUUGUCAUAUUGUGCCACUGCGUCAUGGUUACACUGUGUCAUGGUGUGACACUACAUCAUGGUGUGACACUGUGUCAUAUUGUGCGACUGUGUCAUGGUGUGACACUGCUUCAUGGUGUGAGACUGCAUCAUGGUGUGCCACUGCAUCAUGCUGUGACACUGCGUCAUGGUGUGCCACUGUCAUAUUGUGCCACUGCAUCAUGGUGU